UGAAAAGUAAGAUGGCAGCAUUCAUGGGCACAUUUCAGGAUGACAAUAAUAAUUCUGCUCCAGAACUGCCACACCUCUCUGGUAUAUGGCAAAUAGAUUCUACUCCUACAGAGGAGCAAGACUGCAUUCUGUCUACAAGCUGCAGGAAACUGACACAAAAGAAAAAGGUGACUUUUGGCGGAGAGCUGACGCCUGAGCUGUUUGAUAAGAGGUUACCAUCCAAUACACCUCUACGCAGAGGGGAAAUGCCAGUACAUCCGCAGAUCACUUUCAGUGAUAGUCCUCCCUCUGCUCUAAAACAAAGGGCAAAAACCAAAACGUGUCUGGAAGAGAAAAAGAGCCCUUCUGAUGUCACUUGCAAUGGAAGCAGCCCUGUGAAGGACCACAGUGACAGGACAUCAAGUAAACUGCAAAGAAUAUUGGAAGAUGACCUGGGAAUUAGUCCUGCUGGAACACAGAAUGUUGAAGAAGACAGAUGUUACCCAAUAUCUAUCAACUUUGAAAUUGAAUCUCCGUUGUCAGAAUGUAAAUUUGGACCAGAUAAUCGGAAGUGUCAUAAUAAAAAUGAUGACUAUCCGUGUAAGGUUUUGGAAGUGAAAAUUGAAGAACUGACUGAAACUCUUCCAUUUCCAAUCAGUUCCUCUGGGCAUCCGAGGAAGAGGAAAAAUGCUAAGAAGUGCACUGCUACAGUUCGCAGAAGUCUGACCAAAAAGAAACCAGAUUCUAAGAAGCCGUUAGAAAUACAACCAGACAUUGACAAAAGUAUUCCUGCAAUUAUUAUGUUGGAAUCUACUGAAUUAGAAGCAGAAUCAAUGGUUGAAUCUGAUAUGAACCACCUGCCCUCAACUGAAAUGUCAAAAACAGAUGAUGUAUACCUCAGUCAAAAAAAACCUGAUUACUCCAGCAAUGGUGGGGUGCAAACUAAUUUUAAUGGACACCCUUGCCCCAACAUUGAGAAUCUGUCUGAACAGAGAGAUGAAAUAGAAGACAAAAAUGUAUGCUACAAAGCUCUUCAUGCAGAUGUAAUUUUGAACCCAACCACAAAAUCACAGAAAACUAGAAAAGGGGACCAUGAGUCCACGAAAGAAGAACCCCGCAGGUCUAGUAGGAUCAAGAGCAAUGUGAAGAAUAUUUCAAAGAACUCUACAGCAACUAAAGGAAAGUGUAAACAAAAGUUCAAGAAAAGCCUUUAUGGAAAACGUGAAUAUGCUUCAAAGAAGCCAUUACUGAGCCCAAUUGCAGAGGUGUUGGAUAUCUGGUCUGAAUCAACAGAUUUCUCCAAUAGUGAAGGAAUGUUGGAAUGUGAAACCCCAAAGAGAACCAGUCUGAUUCAUCUUGAGGGUAUUGAUAGAGGAAGAAGGCAUUCAAUGUCCAAGUCUGAGUCGUUAGCUAAUGGAUGGACUCCUGGUUGCAGCCUUAGGAAGUCGGUUGUGCAAAAACCACAAGGACGAAGAAGACCACGGAAGGGAGCGGUGCACUGCUUUGAGAAGGAACAGAAAAUUCAAUCAGAUAUUGAAAGUGAAACUCAGAAAGGGAAUACUGGAGAUCAUCGGCUUGUGCCCAGGAGAUUAAACCAAUUUGAUUACAAUCUUAAAUGUGAUAAUAGUCAGUUACCCUCUCUAUGUGAAAAUAAGAAAGACAUGGCAUUUGAAGUAAAAUGGACUGAUAAUGUCGCCAAAGAUGUCAGAAAGGGAAAAUCUUUAAUAAAGAUUAAAAGCAAACCUUUUUCUAAACUGCCUGUUCUGAUGAAAAGCAGUCAACAAGGAAUAACAGAUACGCAAAGUCCAUCUGAAGGGCAGUGUGAAAUGGAGACGGGGCAUGAAGAAUAUUUUGAAAUAAUUAAUACUGAUGAUAACGGUGGUGCAGGUUCUCUUUUGGAAUCUGAAUCAAAUGUUCUUGAAGUUGUCAAUGAAAGACGAGAGGAAACUGAGCCAAAUGAAAUGGAGAAAUUGAUUCCUAUCGGUGCCUCUGCAUCUGAAAAGUCUCAAGAAACGAGAAGUGAAUCGGUGACAGGUGAUAUUACUGUUUUUAACGAAAAUAUUAUUUCACCACCAGAAGCUCGGGAAGAAUUUCGAAGCAGAUCCAGCCGCAGACAAAGCAAGUUAUUCCAUGCAAUAGACUUGCCAUAUGUGACUCAAUCAGAACAGGUCCUGAAGUUUAAUGGAUGUUAUGUGGUCAAUGCAGGAGAUGAAAAUGAAGAGAAAGACGAGAACCUCUCAGGAAGAAAGAAAAGAAGGAAGAGACUUUCAUGGAAGGGGAUUGCUGAACCAACUGUUCCCUAUCAAAUUGGUGAUGAGGUGGAUACAGCCAACUGUGAAUCUCUACCUUUCAAUUUUGCUGAUCAUUGUUUUCUGGAGCAGAUAAACACUAGUAUGUUGGAGGCAGUUAAUCAACCGGAAACCUGUAUUAAACAUUCAGAUUGUGCUCUUCAAAAUACAAAAUCUAAAAAGAAGGUGAGACGUAGUUCCAGGCUGUCUGGUUGCAUGAAUAGGGAAGGACUAAGAUGGAUAGAGGUAACCAGCCCUCAACAUUUGGAGAAAAGAAACAAGAGUACUACAAUGCGCAGAAGAUCAUUUGGGUUAAUUGAAUCGGAGUGCAACAUAUCAAAUCCAGAAGAUAUUGAUGGAAAAAUUGCAUUCCAGGCAAGAAUGAGAAAACUCCGUCGAAGGUCACUAUCAUGUAACAGAGAGAGGGCUUUUGAGUUGGAAGAACCUCUCCGGAAAAGUAUUGUAUUGGACUAGAAUUAUUUUCAAGAGCAACACAGAUGCCUAAAACGGAAAAAUAGUCAUUUUACUCGGCCAUUAUUUUAAAUGUGUGAAAUGUGUUUUUUAUUGUGCUCGCAUUCACUUGAUAAACACCCAGCAGUGUAGUUAUAAAUCUCUCGUGUCUGAAGCCAGUGUGCCUGUUAAUACAAAAUACCGACGGCCGUGUGCAAAAUAUUUGUUGAAUCAAUUCAAGGGGGUGAAUUUUGAAUGAUACAGAUUACCUUAAACUACUUCCACAUCUGAAUGCAGUUUCAUUUGACCACAUCCUUUGUGACAAUCAAUAACCAACUGGAAUGUGACAAUUUCAACGUUUGUGCUGAGAAAUUAAAUAAUAUGGAAGAAAAAAAAUUCUAUUCCACAUGAGCAGUGCCACAGUGACAGUGUAAUAAAUGGAAGUUGCGUUCUUCAGGCAUGGCAGAAUCAUGUUUUGGUUUGGUUUUUUUGUCCAUUCAUUGCUGGUUGGGGCAGUUGUAUAUUUUUCCAUCUUCCCUGAAGCUACUCGCUCGUGACCUCUGGUGGGCACCCAAUAUUAUCUUACUAACUAUUCCUAAUGUGCAACUUGUGUGAUAGCAGGUUAAUUAGAGAAGGAAAAUGCUAUCCAAAUUUGUUCCUCAUUCAACCGUGAAGUGAAAUUUUUAAUUUUGGACAUAUGUUAGGAACAUGAGUCUAUGUUGACUUUUUCCCCCUUAUUGCCCCUUGCUAUAAUUGUCAUCUUUAAUCGCUAUAUUUCCAGAUCAUUUAAGAUCAACUGAUGACAAAUAAUAGGAAUUGAAUCAGAUAUGUUACGAUCUAUAUAGCUGAGUGUUAUAUAAAGCCUUGACUUUGGGCACAUGGCCAUCGGGGAGCUGUUACUUUGAAUGAACCAUCUAAUGUUAUUGUCCAAUUUAUUUUUGAAUCAAAUACAAUUCUUUGGCUCUCUUUAAGGAAUUGAAAAAUAUGAGAGAAUUAUGUGUAAUAACAAGACUAUCUUGACAACAAUUAAAAGAAGAUGUCUCAAAAUAGGAAAACUGGAAGUGAUAGCCAGUUUGGUUAUUUAGAAGAGCUUUUUACAUAUUCUUUGCUGGUGAAAUAUGUAACAGGUGCUAAGUUUCAAUGCUGGCGGAUCUAUAACUAUAUAAUUGAAUUCUAAAGAUAUUGACAUACAACAGUUUUAUGAAGCAUUUUCAGUUGCAGAAUGUGAUAUAAUUUUUGCUCGUUUUUGUGUGAACCACUUUUGCCUGCUCUUGUCAUUUAAAGAAAAAUCAGUUAUUGGGGUAAUUCAAAUAAAUAUACAUAAAUGUUAA